AAUUUUUGAGGUUAAAUUAUAUUAAAUGAAUACUCAACGGGUGACAAUUAAAUUGAAAAAUCCCAAUCCUCUCUUUGAAGAAUGGCUUCUGGAGUGGAGGAACAAGGAAAAAGAGAAGCAAUCAAAGAUGUAUAAAUGCUAUGAUAAUGCUUUAGAAGCAAUGAAAAAAUAUCCAUUGCCAUUGGAAACUGGAAAAGAUUGCAUGAUACUCCAAGGUUUUGGCACAAAAUUAUGUAAUAUGAUUGAUGAUAAACUCAAGCAGCACAGAAAACAUGAUGUACAAAAAAGUAAUGAUAAUAAUCUGGUGGUUUGUGAUGAACCAAACAAGAAGAAGCAGAAGAAAAGUCCAAGUAAGUCUGAAUACACUCCAACCAAUAGGUCUGGGGCUUAUGCUAUAUUAAUAGCUCUUUAUAAAAGUAGACUGGCUUAUGAUGUUGGUCAACAAUUGAAAAACGAAAUUAUUGAAGUGGCGCAAAAGUACUGUGAUAAGUCUUUUAUGAAAUCUGAUGGGUCUAGUCAUUAUACUGCAUGGUCAUCUAUGAGUACAUUGAUUACUAAGAAGUUGGUAAUUAAAGAAGGUAACCCAGCAAAAUAUUCAUUAACAGACGAAGGGUAUGAAUUAAGUCAAAAACUAGAUUUGCAAUUGAAUGAGAAUGAAGAUUGUGCAAUUGUUAAGAAAUUAGACAUUCCAAAUAAAAAAGAUGUUAGUAAAGAAAGCAAUGGAAAGAAACUUCCCAAGCAAACUAAAAGCAAAAUUAAGGAAACUACAGAAGAAACUGUUCUGAAUGAUAUAUUUUUAACAGCAGGCACUUUUCACAUAUAUUUACUGGUUGAUAAACAAGAAACUUCAGGUUCAAACAAAGAUCCAGUUGAUGAUGAGACUGUUUAUGAAUUGAAUAAGCUUAAUGUGGAUUAUGAAGUGCGGCAUCUGAAGAUUGGAGAUUACGCAUGGAUUUGCAAAGACAGGAACUCUGGGGAAGAGUUGAUUUUGCCGUAUAUCGUUGAAAGGAAACGCAUGGAUGAUUUUGGGGCUAGCAUCAAGGAUGGGCGCUUCCAUGAGCAGAAAUUCCGUUUGAAACAGUGCGGAAUUCAGAAUCUUAUAUAUUUGGUGGAGAGUAUCGAUAAUAAUAAGCAUACUGGUCUUCCUUUAACCACCCUGCAUCAAGCUGCAACUAAUACUCUUAUUCAAGACGGCUUCAGCGUCAAGUUCACAGAUAGUUUGAAAGAUACAUUGCAGUAUUUAGCAAGCUUCACAAGGAUUUUAAUUAAUAUUUAUAAGGAUAAAACGUUAAUGGCAUGUCCAAAAGAAGACCUAAUCAAUACAUCGAUCCAAGAUGAUCUAUUCCCUCUAAUGACAUUCAAGGAGUUCAAUAUAUCCUCAUCAAAAAAUAAAAAAUUCAAAGUUAGAGAUAUGUUCAUUAAGCAAUUGCUGCAAUUAAAGGGUUUAUCUGUGGACAAGGCUUUGGCAAUAACUGGCGUCUAUCCAACGCCAAAAGCCCUUUACAUGAAAUAUUUGGAGAUAUCCAACAGCGAAGCAGAAAACCUAUUGAGCAAUAUCAAUUUUGGAAAAUUGAACAAGAAAGUUGGACCAGUAAUCAGCAAGUCCAUUUAUCAACUAUACAAUUUGAAAUCGUACUGAUUCCUUGAUUUUAACUGAAUAAUUCUUUUUAAACUCUACAAUAAAACUAUUAUUUUAAAUGAUUUUUCUUUUU